GUUUUGCCCUUGCUACUUGCCUCAACUACAAUUUUGCCAUGGUUUACGGAUAAGGGCGAUGGAAACUUCGAGAGAGAGAGACAGUGAUCGGGAGAGAGAGAUGUGACAGAAACUCUGAGAGCGACAGUGAUCGAGAGAGAGAGAGAGAGAGCAACUCUGAGAGCGAAAAAAUAAUAGAGAUUUGGGUUUGUUUUGGAAGAGGUCUGAUUUAGAGACAGAAACACUGAGAGAGAAGUAGAGAUCCAUAGCAAGAUUUGGAUCGAAUUUGGAUCCAUAUUAAUCCAAGAUUGUGGUGUUUUGAUAGAAAGAGAAGUAAGAGUGUUUGGUUUCAAUUAUCUUCAAUCUGCUGUGUUGGUGGGUUUCGGGAGAGUGAGGAUUGCAGCAAAAGUCUGAGGAUCUGAAAAGCAAGGGUUGUCAAUUUCUAGUUCAUCAUUACUCGCGAGUAUAGUUUUCAGUGAAACUCCAAAAUCAAAUGGCGGCUCAGUAUACCCAAACCAUAAACCCUCCCAAAACCCUCAUCCCCAAGCUCCCAAAUCCCAACCCCUCUUUCUCCUCCUUCAAAACCCCAAAACCCAAAUCCAAAAGCUUCUCAACACUCUCUGUCUCGGCCAUGGUGGCCCAAACUCAACCGCCUCUGGAUACUCUGCUCAACGGUGCUCGCAAACAAGAGGUGCUUGGCGCCAUUGGGACUUCAUUGUCUAACUGUCUUUCCGAAACCAACCUCCACCUCACAGUUCCUGGCCUGAAAUCCAAAACCAGAGGCAAGGUUAGGGAUGUUUACGACAGUGGGGAUUAUCUAGUUAUGGUCACUACGGAUCGGCAGAGUGCAUUUGAUAGAAUUCUUGCUUCCAUUCCCUUUAAAGGCCAGGUCCUUAAUGAAACAAGUUUAUGGUGGUUUGACAAAACUCAACAUAUAACGUCAAAUGCUGUUGUAUCGGUCCCAGAUGAAAAUGUAACAAUUGCGAAGAAAUGUUCUGUUUUUCCGGUGGAGUUUGUGGUCAGAGGUUUUGUGACUGGAAGUACUGAUACAUCAUUAUGGACGGUCUACAGAAGUGGCGUUCGAAAUUACUGUGGCAAUGUACUUCCAGACGGCUUGGUAAAAAGCCAAAAGCUUCCUGCAAAUAUACUCACACCAACAACUAAGGCUGCAGAUCAUGAUGUUCCUGUUACUCCAGAUGAGAUAAUUGAACGUGGACUGAUGAGUCGAGCCGAUUAUGAUGAAGUAAGUCGGAAAGCAUUAAGCUUGUUUGAGUAUGGACAGCGUGUGGCUUUGGAGCAUGGGUUGAUAUUGGUAGACACAAAGUACGAAUUUGGAAAGGGACAGGAUGGUUCCAUACAUUUGAUUGAUGAGGUGCAUACACCUGAUUCAAGCAGAUAUUGGAUUGCACAUACUUAUGAGGAACGUUUUCAGAAUGGUCUUGAACCUGAGAAUGUUGAUAAGGAGUUCUUGAGGUUGUGGUUUAAAGAUCAUUGCAAUCCAUAUGAAGAUGAGGUCCUCCCUGAUGCCCCUGAAGAACUUGUUCGUGAACUAUCUUGGCGAUAUAUUUUCUUGUAUGAGACAAUUACAAAAUCAAAAUUCAAGAUGCCUUCAACAGAGGAGCCAAUACAUGAUCGAAUAUCUCGCAAUGUGGCACAAGCACUGUCAUCUCUGUAACUUCAUAGUAUGGAGCACAAGAGAGCACAAGGAUUUAGAGGAACUACCUCAUACCCCCCAGACCCCAAAAAGAAAUAAAAAAAAAGUACUAGAAAUGUGGGGCUUUUAUUCUUGGGAUGCAUUUGUGCUUUCGUGUGUAGUUCAUGGAAAUUACCUUGUAUUAUUAUCUUGAUCAUAUUCUCUGAGGACAUUAGUUGUUAAAUUAGAUUGGAAGUUUGAAAAGUGUAUGGAAGAAGCUAGAAGAGAAAAGUCUACAAGGCCUAUGAAGGUUUCCUAGUUCAAAAGGAAAAGCAAAAAAAGGUAAUAGGCUGGAAGAAAGCCACCGUCGAUUGAUUGGCUUCAGUUAACAUCAAGAUUGACUGCGAAAGUUCCUCCCGUUAAACAUUUUGACUGCCUGGUCAUUUUUCGUCUGAGAUAAAGAUGUGAAGCAGCCAUGAAAUAAUACAAAAACCAAUCCCUCUGGAAUCUAGAGUCUUCGAUUUUGACAUCAGCAACAUUACCCCCUAAACUAAGAUGUGUAUUAGAUAGCCUUGUGUUCAGGAUUAUGAUCAACAAAGACUAAUCUUGUCUGGAGAUACGGUGAAGUUGCUGGGUUGCUGGGCAAGUCCUUCUGCCCUAGGUGUCACAGGGACUUUGAAGCUGAAGGAGAUCGAGUACGAGUAUGUUGAAGAGGACCUCCCAAACAAAAGUCCCCAGCUCUUGAAGUACAAUCCUGUUCACAAAAAGAUACCAGUUCUUGUGCAUGGUGGUAAGCCUUUAGCAGAGUAGCUGGUUAUACUUGAAUACCUUGACGAGACUUGGAAGCAAAAUCCAUUCCUGCCAGAAGAUUCCUAUGAAAGAGCUCAGGCGCGCGUCUGGGCCAAAUUUGUAGAUGACAGUGUAAUAGAACAAGCUAAAUUGUAAUACCAUUACAAGUUUACAACUCUACUCUUAAGGACAAUAAUAAUAAUUACCAAUCUUCAUUUCA